AGAUGCACGACACCUACGACUUCGCCUUCAACCAUACCCGCUAUACCAUAAUGAUGGGCGUGAGGCACGAACUCAGGAACAUAGCUCAGGCAAACGAUAUGGUGUAUGAUGUCGUCAUGGAUAUAUCCCUCCUCACUAAAGAGAUAUACAUGCGUGCGCAUCGAAGGGGGGGGAUACCCGACCAAGGACGUACCGAAAACCAGACAUGCCAAAAUUCAGUUCUUUUAGAGAGAAUUUGGAAUCGGUGCGGAAUGCGGAGCGACUGACGAAGGUUGAGUUUGAUCAUGCUCAGAAUAUGGUCGACGAGUGCCAGAAGCAAGACUCCUACGUGUUACAGCUGAAGGAGAUCCUGUCUGAAAACAUCAACGAACGCGAGCUUUCCGACUUAGUCCGCCAUGUCAACAUGACAGUCUGGAAGCUUCAGGCCGAGUUCGAUACCGCCAUGGUUGCAAGGAAGAUGAGCAGGUUCUCGCUGACGAAUGGAGGGACGGCUAGAGACGACGUCAUAACGGCGUCCAACUUGGUCAGGAAGGCAAAGGAGGUGUUGAGAGAUGCGGCCGCCACCUCCAGGGGUAACUUGAUUGCUGCUGGAGACCUAAGAAGACAGAAGGGCGGAGGAUUGAAUCCUUUAGCUCCCGUGUCCUUCACCGACAGGAGACCACACGGAAGGUCAAAGUCAAGGUCAAGGUCAAGGCCGAGAAGGUCUACAUACAUCACUGCCGCAGAAAGGGAUCGACUCCGACCAAUCAUUGACCGAGCUGUUAACCAUGCCAAUGAAUUGGAACAGCUCGCCAGGAUAAUCGCCAGGUUGAUGAACCCCUUGAUAAGACAGGCCACGAAUGUUGUCAGAGGAGACAGAGGUGGGGGAGUGUCAUACCGUCUGCAGGCGACCUUACUCGCCGAUAGACUCCUCGCACAUGUACAGCAAAUCCACACUGUGUUAGACCGUAUACGAUUAGCGAUUAAUGACGAAGGCGAGCUACGUCGACGCUGCGAGGAGCUUGAGACGGGUUCCGGCGAUGACGGUGACACCACCCCCAUCGACUGCGACGAAUACAUAGACGUGGGUAGUGCACGCGGAACAGAUACCUCGUCACAGGACCCGGAUGGAGAUGGUUCAGAUUUUAUUUUUGACGAAGACCAAAAUCCCAAAAGAAUUCCGGCCAACUCGUUAAAGAACUUUGGGGAUAAAUUGCGGAUUCACGUGGUUCAGCUGGGACAAAAAGGGGACAUAACUCUCGUCAAAUCACAAACGGCAAGAAACAAAUCAAGAGCCUUUUCUACAAGGUGGAACGCUGCUAAGGUCAACCUGCAAUCCUCAAGGAGAUUUGUGGACGAAGCCAAGCAGUUUCUGAAUGAAUGGCGCACAGAAAGGCCCAAUAUUGACCGUAUCUCCGACCGGAUUAAGGAUGUCCACGAGAGAGUGGACCUGGUCUAUAAUAUCACCCAGAGCAAGACCUUCCAGGCGGUGCUGAAGGCGGAGCGCAAAGUGAAAGAGGUCAAAGGCGGCGGUGGGACAGGUGGCACCACCAAUGGGGGAAGCGGAGGAAGUGGUGGAAGUGAAAGCCAAGAUUAUGCUGCAGCCUUAGAAGCCAAGGGUAAAGCGCAGGCUAAAAUGCGAUCCAUACUGACCUUGACCCGACUGGCUCCGUCAAUGGUGACGGGAGUGAACGUGACUGUUGGCCAGAUACAAGCCAACAUCUCCAGUCUCAGGAGCAAGGUGGAGAAGGCGCGGAUGAUGCUCGCCUCUAUACAGAUGAGCAUUAACAAACAAGAUGAGGGUUAUCUCCCCCUGCCUCUUGCCGCUUCUGACGAGUCUCUAACCCUGCGCACGUCUGUCGAAGUUUGUAUCAGACCGGAAGUAGCAGACGGACAAAUCCUGUUGGUGUCUGGGAACAAUUCGGAGUCCUACAGCCUUAGUAUGUCGAGCAACACCUUGACGAUGACCGUCUACGACAAGGGCGGCUAUGAGACCGGGGACGUUGAAAGCAAGAUUUCCCUCGAGAAGGACAAGUGGUAUAACGUGCUCAUACAGAGGAAUGGUCAGAAAGUGGCACUGAUGGUUCGGCCAGAAGGAAGUGACGACGCCGACGUUGUGGAAGACACUGUGGAAAUGCCGUACGGACAACCCCCGCCUCUAGCCGCCUACGUUGGAGGUGCACCCGACACAGUGCCCAUGUACCUCAACGGUGACGUGUGGAAGGGCUGUGUGGGCGGACUGAGGGUGAACGGUCGGUCGGUGGGCCUGCUACAGAAGACCAGCGACGGCAAAGUACCGGCUCCAUGCACGUCAAGCUGCUCCCCGUCGCUGCAGCCUCCCUCCAUGGUGUUUGAGGGGAACGGAUACGCCCACUACCCGGUCCACACAGCGCAGUUGAGACAUCGGACCAGAUCCGUCUAUUUUGAGUUCAGAACGAGACAGAAGAACGCUUUCCUUAUGACCGUCGUUAAGAGAGGCUUCCAGCUACGUGCACAGCUACAAGACGGAACGUUGUACAUUGAGACUACGACUCCAUCAGAAGCAGUGGUUCUUAUAGAAGAAAACAGCAAAUAUAAUGAUGGGAUGUUCCACACGCUAAAGAUCGGAUACAGGGACAGUAAGACGUAUCCAGAGAUCGAUGGCAAAGAAGGACUUUUCUCCAUAGAGCGGACGCGCCCCGAGAGGAUACAGACCCCCACCCAGGGCAUCCUCAUUGGGGGGAUGCUGCCAGAACACCGAGGGAGAAUGGGGGACAAGUUCAGGCCGCUGAUUGGCUGCGUGCGAAAGCUUCAGAUCAAUGACGUCACUAUGACAAUGUCAGAUGUUGAACGUGCAGAGGGUGUUUAUAUCGGCAGCUGCACCAGUAACAAGCCCCUGCUCACCUGUGUGCAGUUCGUCAAUACCAGCUCGCCGAUCGCCUACGGGACGACGGAGGAUGCUGCAGCCGUCGUCAUCGUCGCAACCCGUGCAAGUCUAGGGCCAAUAUUACAGUACCAGAAGGGAGAUACUUUCAAUGCCAUUAUUUCCAUGGAAGAAAAUGGAAUCGUCAUUGCCGAGUCCGUGAAAUCCUACGACGGUCGCCUUGACUAUGCAAAGGAUGAUAACAGCAUGUUUGUUGUAAUCAAAGUAACAGAUAAGGACAGCACCCUGAAAGUGGAGUACCAGGGCAAAGAGGCGUCCAUUAGCUACGGGGGUGGGUGGGCUCUCUUCGGUGGGGGUGACUCAAAAACUCCAUACACCGUCACCAUCGGCGGUCAGGACGAGGACAACAAUAUGCCCCCAUUUUCUGGUGGCAUUUCACAGAUGAUCGUCGGGGAACAAUAUUUGGACAUGACGAAAUAUGUCACAGACAAUGGCUUGUCAUCAUGCCCUGGUGCCCGCAUAUCGGACUCUGUCUCUGUCGACGUGAGGCGACGUUAGGGUAGACCCCUUCUCCUCGAACACAUUAUGUACAUAGUUGUAAUUUAUCAGCUGCCAAGUUGUCUCAACCGAGGGCAUUUCCAAGCCGUUAACCUAAGCACAAGAUGAGAUUAACACACACAUAUAUAUGGACAUAUAAUAUUUUCAUUUCUGAUGAUUAGUUCGCCAGCUUCCAUAAUAUAAUUUCUUAAAAAUAUCAAAAUAUAAAAUUUAUCAGGGAACUUCGUUGUUAGAAUAUGUGUGAUCUGUUGAACUGUUACAGUGUACAUUCUUGGUAAGAACCUGCGAGAAGUUCUAAAAAUCCAUAAUUGUCCAUUGUAUUGUCCCACCAUUUUAUAGAACGGGGUGCUGUUGUACAAAACCACCUUAGUGCUUUGACUACCUUAGGCUAUGCUAAAGUAUGGGAGUUAAGGUCACCUUAGUGCUUUGACUACCUUAGGCUAUGCUAAAGUAUGGGAGUUAAGGCCACCUAAGAUGGCCUUGUACAGCGGCACCCUGGCCAAUAUUUUUAAGCACAAACCUCGAUUUUCAUGAAUAUUGAACAUCAAAUUAGUAGUUGAAGUUGUAACUGACCAUGGAAGGCUCCCUACAGAGAUAUGAUAUAUACCUUCCCACGUUUUCCAGGUUGUAAAUGUAAGUGACUUACAGUUGGCUUCGAUAAUACAUUCAUGUUGCUAACAUGGUGAUAAAACAACACUGUGGAAACGUGUUCAGUACAUGAUAUGCCUUCGUGCCCUGGUGUCGUUUGUGGUACGACAUGCCAAUGAUAUCACAGCACUUGUCAGCGCACUAUGAAGCUCAAACAGCCACUUACCUGGUGAACAUGUGCAACGUUCGAAAGUAACGUUGGUCCUUAGGCCCGAAGCUGCCUGAAUACCACUCGGACCCACAGCUUUAGUUUUCUGUAGGUCCUUUUUUGCCGACAACUUUUUCAUUCCCAAUAACUAUAACAGUAUUAUUUUUCAGAAAAUAUCAUUCAGUAAUUUCUGGUUUUUAUCUCGAUCACCAGCUGUUGUCUGUAAGUGAAAUGACUAUCAUUUUCGAAGAAGCAAUUUAGCAAAUGUUGUCUCCUAUUUUUGCUAAAAUAUCGGGCCUUCACAUUCUGAUCAGGACCCAUAACGUUUUAUUGUUCUGGGUCCUUAGGACCUGCAGCUUUUCAGGGUUAAGGGGAAACACUGUAGCAUGUGUUGCAACUCUCCACACAUUUCACAUCAUGAUUAAGUGCUGUGAGAUAGAAUAUUGGUCACGUUGUGUGCAUGUCUUGUUUUACACAACCGACACAGGUGAUAGGUUAGCCUUGUGACGCAAGUGCUCGCUCGUCACGCCAACUCCCGGGUUCGAUUCCCAACAUGUGUACAAUGUGUGAACCCAUUUCCGGUGUCCCCCGCCGUGAUGUUGCUGGGUAUUGCUGAAAUAUUUGCGUAAAAACAUACUCACCAUUUUGAUUGUUUUUGUGAAGUCAUUCAUGCCCUCACCCGUUUCUGUUAAUUUACAUUUUCAUAUACCAACGUCAUAACAUGUUUUAUAAUUUGUCAUUCGAAUUUACAUUGAGUGGUUAAAUCGAAUUUGAAAAAAAAAACACACAAAACAACAACAACGAAAAUCCGGUAACAACGUCAUGUCAGUUGAUAACGACUAAGUUUGUCUCUAAAACUGUGCUAGAGGAUAAUUCUACUAUUCUUUUUCAAAAUUUAUCAUGAUUACGUCAUGAUAUAUUUCAAAAUAAUUAAAAUGAAACUCAUACAAGGAUAACUGUUUCAUUAAUUUGAUUUUAAGUUCCAGAUGCGAAAUGAUGACUUUAAUGUUUGAAGUACAUCAUGUAAAUUAGUGAAAGGGAUUCUAUGAACAAUGAACAAAAUCGGAGAGAUAUUGUUAAUCAACAACUUUGGUUCUAUCUUGCAUGUCCAGUAUGAUAGAUUUUGUUACCAUAGAUACAGACAAUGAAACACAAAGGAAGACGCGUGGUUAGUGUAUAUAGUUUAUGCACCUGGCUUGCAAUAAGAUGACGCAUAAUAUUUAUGCUUAGCUUUUAAAGUAAACAUGUCUAAGCCUGAAUUGGAAUGUUAAUUCAAAAAUAAACCUCACACAAGGAUGAAACCAAUAUCAAAUGUCAGAUUUGCCUUGAUAUAAAUCCUAAAAUUCAGCACGCUCUUUUCCUUAGGCUGUGUAAACAGUAACGUUGCACAAAUCAACAUCCUUAUGCAAAACAUUCCCUUUGUGCAUUCCCGAAGCCAUGUCCCAGAUAAAGACCUCACCAGUCAUAUUCAUCACAGUCAUGACCAAGUUUAGCUGCUGGGAUCAGAACUUCACGCCUUUGGGUCAAUAUUACUGUGGUAGAACGUCAAACGUCAGGGUCGUGUUGACUGAGGUAGAACGUCAAGCGUCGGGUCGUGUUGACUGAGGUAGAACGUCAAACGUCAGGGUCGUGUUGACUGAGAUAGAACGUCAAAGCUCGGGGUCGUGCUGACUGAUGUAGAACGUCAAACGUCGGGGUCGUGCUGACUGAGGUGUCGGGGUCGUGUUGACUGAUUUAUGCUGUUCGAGUAGCCGUCCUUAUAAUUUCAUUUCUGUAUCCCCAUUUAUGUUGGAUACAGCUAAUUACUAAGUCUUGAAUCCGUUACUAAUUUACCUGCAAUAGUGCUGCAAAACAAGGACCAAUGUGAUCGUUAAUGAUAAAAUGUCUCAUAUGACAAGCAGUCAAAUCCUCUGCAUCUACUCACUUUACCCAUAGUGCUGUUUGCUUCUAUUGUACACAAUAUUUGCUUAUUUUACCAAUUUACUGUGCUUUUUUUAUUCUGCUUAGAUUUGAUUGACAAUUUGAUGUAAAUAUUUAUUUCCCAGGAGCCGAAUGUGUGACCAUUUGUGGUGUAUAAAUUGUGCUGAAAGUGCAAAUACGUUUCCUAUUUUUGACAAAUAAAUAUUUUCUUACUUUAUCGGAAA